CAUAUAAUCGUCACCGAUGUUUGCCGUAGGCUGGAAUCGAACUCGGUUCGCCAGAUUCUUAGCGCAGCGCGAUCGCCACUGCACUUCCCACUCCUCACUCACACCCCGACACAAAGACAAUGUCCCCCGUAUCGUCGUUGGGGCGCGUGCUGUUUGCGAGCGCCUUAUACUCGCACACCAAUACAGACACGCGUCCCUGUACUCACCCACACACGCGCAUUCCUAUAACCAAUACUCUCCUCCUAUGCAAUACACAGGGUCUCACUUCAGCAGUCAGACUUAUUACAGAUCGCCUCUUAACACUGUCAUCCCAAACACGUGCACCGACACUCUCAUCAUAUAGCUCCCUUCCUCCUCUCCCCCCUGCACGUCUCCCCUUCGCCUCUUCCCACACUCCUCCGUAUCAACCUGGUCGUGUUCGAGAAUGGGUUCCCAGUGAACCACAACACCGCCCCAUCUGCAAUCGACAGAGCGAGCCGGGCAGUGGAGCGAAAGAGCCGGGCGCCUCGCCCCUAUGGACAGGCGCAGAGCCCGGCCAUGGCGUGCUCGUGGAAGGUGGUCGUCUUCGUGGUGUGCGCCUCUCUCGGCAUCCAGUACACGGCCAUCAAAACCAUCCGCACCUACGGCUUCUACAUGUGCGACGUGUCCGACGCGCCUCCCCACUGCUUCUUCACCUUCGGCAGGAUGCCGCGUCUCUCCGGGUGCGCCGCGCAGGCAGCGGCAUCGGCGGCCGCGGCAGCCAAAGGGACCGCCGGUGGCGGUGCCGGUGCCACCGCCGGCACCGGAGGAACGGGAGAGGAUUCCCGAGCAAGGCCCUCUGAGUUGGCGGCCGCGGCGAAUGUGGCGAAGAUCGUGGAGACGGCUGCGACGGCGACGGCGGCUCCGAAGCGCAAGCACAUCCUCAUCUUCGCCACGACGCGCAGCGGCUCCUCGUUCAUGGGCCAGCUGUUCAACCAGAACCCGGAGGUGUUCUAUCUGUUCGAGCCGCUCUACCACGUGCAGGCUACCUUCGUAGACACGGGGCUGCGCUUCCGCCACGCGGUGGACAGGCGCGCGCUGCUCGGCGCCUACCGCGACCUGCUGCGUAACCUCUUCGACUGCGACCUCUACUUCCUGGAGAACUACAUCAGGCCCGCGCCGCGGGACCACGAGACAGCGCGCCUCUUCCGACGGGGAGCGAGCAACGCGCUCUGCAGCCCGCCCGUGUGCGGCGACACCCCGACGGCGUCGUCGUCCUCGUCGGCUUCGUCAGCAUCAUCAUCAUCAUCGGCGGCGGUGUCAUCAUUACCAUCAUCAUCAUUAAUGUCAUCGUCGUCGUCUUCUUCAUCAUCAUCAUCGUCAUCCUUCUUCUCGCCGCCCUCCUCCGCGUCAUCUUCAUCGUCCUCGGAGCCGGAGGAGCAGCGCUGCCUGCGUGCCUGCGGGCCGCUCAACGUGACGCUGGCGACGCGCGCCUGCCACGCGCGUCCGCACGUGGCCAUCAAGACGGUGCGCAUCCCCGAGGUGCGCGACCUGCGCCUCAUGGCCGACGACCCGCGCCUCGACCUCAAGAUCGUCCACCUCGUGCGCGACCCUCGCGCCGUGCUCGCGUCGCGCAUGCUCACCUUCACCGAGACCUUCAAGGCGUGGAAGAUCUGGAACGCCACGGGCCGCAUGCCCUACCGACUCGACGCGGGACAGAUCACGGCCACGUGCGACGACUUCGUGCGCUCGGCGCGCACAGGGAUGUCGAGGCCGCGUUGGCUGCGCGGCCGCUACCUCCUCGUCCGAUACGAGGACCUGGCGCGCGAUCCGCUGGGCAAGGCGGCGGACAUUUAUCGCUUCGCCGGCAUCCCCAUGGGCAAGGCGGUGACGGGCUGGGUGCUGAGCAACACGCGCGGCGACAACCAGCUGGGCCGCUACAAGUACUCGACGAGUCGCGACUCGGCGGCCGCCGCCGAGGGAUGGCGGCUCAGCCUCAGCUACGACAUCGCCCGCUACGUGCAGGAGGCGUGCAACGACACCCUGGCGCAGCUGGGGUACAGGGCCGUGGAGUCGGCCGACGAGUUGAGGAACCUGUCCCUAAGCCUGGUGGAGGAGAGGGCGUUCGUGCCCUUCCUGUGAGUGAGCCGGAGAGAGAUGAGAGCAGAGAGAGAAAGAGAGAGAGAGAGACACGGUCCGUGUGUGCUGUAUAAGCGGAGGAGUCAGAUAUUGGUUAUGGUGGUGAUGAUGGUGAUGAUGAUGGUGGUGAUGGUGGUGGUGAUGAUGGUGGUGGUGAUGGUAAUGGUGGUGGUGAUGGUGGUGAUGGUGAUGUGGUGGACAUGAUGAUGAUGGCGGUAGGCAUGAUGGUGAUGAUGGUGGUGGUGAUGAUGGUGGUGAUAAUGAUAGUUACUCACUUUAUCGAUGAGGAUGAUAGUGAUGGCGAUGAUGACGAUUGUGGUGAUGACGAUGGUGGUGAUGCUGAUAAUGAUAGUGCUGGCAAUGAUGAUAGUGCUGCCGAUGACGACGAUGGUGAUGAUGGCGAUGCCCCUACUGGCACAGACACAAUUCCCGCUUUGCAGGCGAGGUACUGAUUCACAUUCAUGCCGCACAGGGACAGCUGCCACUGGGCGGGGGGGGGGGGGCUCCGAAUGCGAAGAGAUGUAAGUUACUUAUCGCGUGUUAAACGCCUUUGAGAAGCCACGGCGGUUCCAUGAAACAAACAAACAAAGAUAAUUAAUUUACGAAAUGUAAUUCGCCACUGGCAUCGACUGCACAAUAGAGAUGGGACUGGCAGAAGGACGACGCCGCGCGUCGCUACGCUGGGAUGAGCGUUGGACGCUCGCACAUGUUGGCGGGUCUGACUCGGUGGUGGAAAUUCCACGCUCCAAUGCCGAGGGCCAGGCCAUCGGCGAGCCACCCACUGUCGACUGUCUACAAACUGGUUACUCACUUUAUCGACCCUCGGUGUUUGACGAUGGGUUGAUUCGACCACCCACUGCGACUGUCUGGUUACUCACUUUAUCGACCCUCGGUGGAUGAUGAUGAUAGACUGACUCGACCCACCGUCUGCGACUGUCUACAAACUGGUUACUAACUUUAUCGACCCUCGGUGGAUGAUGAUGAUGACAAUGAUGGUAAUGAUGGGCUGACUCGACUCACCCACCAUCAUCAUCGCACGUGCGAUCUCCUGACUGAGUCGCGCUGCGAUCACUGCAACGCCCCCCCCCCCCCCCAGCUGACUGCGUUGCCAGCCUUCGCGUCGUUCUUGUAAGGCGGACAUCGUCGUAAUCGUUGGCUAACAUCGGCUGCUUGUACCCUUCGUGCGCAUGGGCUUUCUCCCGACACUCUGCACUUCUCCUCCCCACGUGCAAAAAUGACGGAACAAACAGUCGCCAACGUCGUUAAACACAACAACUAAAUUAAAGGAACUUGCCCCUCCCCCCCCC